UUGUGGGCACCAGGAGAACCAUCUGGUCUGCCUCCCAGGUGUUGGGACAGCGAUUUCUCUUCUCCCGGCUCAUCUGGGAUUCAGGUCUGUGGGUAGCCACAGAACACAGCUCCCCUUCUUGCCCACAGGAGCCAUUUCCCAGGUGUCCCGUUAACUGAAAGAAGUUGGCAUUGUCUACAAUUGUGUAAGGUAAUGGUCCUCAACAUUAGCACAUUUGUUUAUAUAUGCCAUCUCCAUUGUUUAUUUUUAUAUAUAACCCAAGGGAUAUUAAAGUUUAAAAUUGCACAAGGACUUCAUGAAGAUGCUCUAAAUUCUGAAAUGACUUCACAUUCCUUCCCCACUAAUGUGCUUGUUUUGUGCUCUGUUCCCUUAGGGUUUGGGUUUCCCUUAGGGAGUUAAUAGCCAAUUCGAGGGGGUCAUACCAAUUAACCAUUGGAAUAACACGUUUGCUUUCAGGUGCCUGCUAGCGCCCCCAAUUUCUUGGAGGAAAAGACUGAGUCUGAAUGACAGCCUCAGUGGCGCCAGUCUCCUCUGUUGGCUCUGGCCCUGUAGCCAAGUGGCUUUUCCUUCCUAGACUCCCCUUUCUCCAAUCUGAAAUGUGAGAUGGUCGUCACCUCUGCAGGUUCCAAAGGAUGUAGGAAGCUAAGCUCGUGAACUCCUGGGUGCCAGGGCCGACACCCUGAUGGGUGUCCCUCACCACUGGUUCUGAGGCUUAGGUGCCUUUGCGUCUUGUUUUGCUCCCAUCUUCCCCCUCCCCCAGUCAUGUGAUGCAGGAAGAGAGCGCAAAUGCUAUGGAAUGUGAGCAGCUGCCAGCAGAGACGCUGCGACAAGUGACCAUUCACCGAGACCCUAUAUAUGGCUUUGGCUUCGUGGCCGGCAGUGAGAGGCCUGUGGUGGUGCGAUCUGUGAGGCCAGGAGGCCCCUCUGAGGACAAGCUCCUGGCUGGUGACCAGAUUGUGGCUAUUAAUGAGGAAGACGUGAGUGAAGCCCCCAGGGAGAGGUUCAUAGAACUCAUCAGGAGUGCUAAGGAAUUCAUCGUUCUUACAGUUCUGCACACUCAUCAGUCCCCCAAAUCUGCCUUCAUCAGUGCUGCUAAGAAGGCCAAGCUGAGAUCCAAUCCAGUGAAGGUCCGAUUUUCUGAGCAGGUGGCAGUUGGAGAAACAGAUGCAGAUGUGAUGGUGACAUUACAGGACCGUCUUUCCCUGAGGUACAUCGAGCAUUUUGCUCUUGUCCUUGAGUAUGCUGGGCCAGAGCAGAACCACAAGUUCCUGCUUCUCCAGGACAAGCAGCCCCUGGCUUAUGUGGUGCAGCGCACGCACUAUCAAGGAAUGAAAUGCCUCUUCCGAAUAAGCUUCUUUCCCAAAGACCCUGUGGAGCUGCUGCGUCGGGAUCCUGCUGCUUUUGAGUACCUGUAUAUCCAGAGUCGAAAUGAUGUUAUCCGAGAACGCUUUGGAAUGGACCCCAAGCCAGAGAUGCUUUUGGGCCUAGCUGCUCUCCACAUCUAUAUCACUGUCUCAGCCACUCGACCUAGUCAGAAGAUCUCGCUCAAGAAUGUGGAGAAGGAGUGGGGCCUGGAACCCUUUCUUCCCCCCUCCCUCCUGCAGGGCAUCAAAGAAAAGAAUCUCCGGAAAUCUCUCUCUCAGCAACUGAAGGCCCACCAAACACAUCCUUCCAGCGGCACCAAGGGCUCCGCCAUUCAGGCAAAGCUCCAGUAUCUUCGAAUUCUGAAUGAACUUCCGACCUUCACAGGCGUUUUGUUCAACACUGUGGGCCUGGAUGAGAAGCAGUCGGCCACCACUCUUCUGGUGGGACCCCGUCACGGCAUCAGCCAUGUUAUUGACCUCAAAACCAACCUCACCACUGUGCUGUCCGAGUUCAGCAAGAUCAGCAAGAUCCAGCUGUUCCGGGAGAACCAGGGCGUGGCCCGGGUGGAGACCAGCAUCAUGGAUGCCAAGCCUCUGGUGCUGUUGAUGGAGUGGCCGGAAGCCACCAACUUUGCCUGCCUGAUUGCUGGGUACUGCCGCCUCCUGCUGGAUUCCAGGAAGAUGGUCUUCUCCAGGCCCACCAGCCAGCCUCUUCCACCUCCAAUGAUCAAGGCAGAUUACAUGCACAGCGCCCACCGCCCUGUCACUGGGGGCCACCUGGGGAAAAAGGAGAGUAGUUAUGUGGGCAGCGUGGGCACCAGCCCCAGGAAAUCGAGCCGCUGCACGCCCCCGCCUGCCGACUCUGAGCUUGUCAGCUUUUGCUACCUCCACAUGCGUGAACAAAGGAAGGAACAGGAAAGCCGGACAGAUGUCAACGAGAACUUAAUCUUCUUUGAGGAGACCAGGCCCCGGACCAAAUCUGACCCCACGUCCAAAAGCUCUGGCCAAGGUUAUGAUGUGGUCCCCGAUGACUUUGAUGUAGCCAGCCUAGACCACGAGCCUUGUGCCAGCAGGGCCCGGUCCUACACCUUGGACAAUUCCCUUGGGGCUGAAGCCCUGAAUUUCUACUGUGACUCUUGCAAAGCCAAACUCCAGGAGCAGCUGGGCCCUCGCAAAAGUGGGAGGCCUGGCUCCUCUCGUGACAAUAUGAUAGACUUAAUGUCCCUCCCACCCCCUGGGAGUGAAGAGGAGGAAGAGGAGGAAGAUGAGAGCACUUCUUUGUUGCCUGCAAUUGCUGCCCCACCUCCUGGUUUCCGAGACAACAGUUCUGAUGAGGAUGACCCCAAACGCCGGGCCGUCCAGAGCCAGGAGCAAGGACGCCACCUGCGCGGACUCCUGUAUGAUGAGAUUCCAGUGACACUGAUUGACAGUGUGCAGACCCGGACAGUCCGAGAUCAUGCCCAGGAGCUAGAUGAUGCCCUGGUGUCUACUCUGCAGGCUCUGGAAGCCCUGGCAGCCUCAGAGGAUGGACCCCAUCCCCCACCCCCACAGACUGCAGGUCUGAUUGUGCUGGCCACAAUCACCCCUGAAUCAUCGUUGGACUCAGGCCAUGAAACCAACUCUUCAGAGCUCACAGACAUGUCAGAGAUGAUGUCUGCCAUGAAGCAGCACCAGAACACUACCUACUUCCUGGCCCAGCACCUCAACAAGGAUAGCCUCCUGGCCCGCAAGGACCUGCCCUUCCGGAUCCAGAGCUGCGCAGCCCAGGCUGUUCUCACAGCCCCUUACUCUCUCGGGCGCCCAGAUCCCAACCCAUCCCUCCAACCAGCAGUCCCAGGCCAAAGUCCUGGCCCCCCUGGCGCUCGGAGGAAGCUGCUGCAGUCAGAGGCUCAGCCACAGAGAGAGCGAACGUACGCCCUGGCGGUGCACCCGGCACUGUCCCCGCAGCUCAGUGAGCAGAAGAACCUGAGCCUGCUGUCCCCAGUUCCUGAGGACAAAGGGCCUGGCCACACUCGUGGAGGCAUGGAGAUGUCACUGAGGGCGACCACACCAUCCCUCAGUGAAGAGCAGGUCUCUGAGCUGAGGGAGAACCUGCCCAAGGAAGUCAGGUUGAGCCCCAAGCUUAUCCUGGACCCAAAGGGCAGUGUGACCCCGGCCAUCAUCUCAGCCGCCCUACAGCAGGUGGUUCACACUAAGAGUCUAGCCACCCCUGGCGGUGCCUUAGGGACACCCCCCAGCAGUGGGGAGAGAAGACUGGAGGCCAGCGUGGGGAGGCCUGAGGUCAGCAUGGGAAGACCAGAAGUUAGCGUGAUGAGUGGCAGUACUAAGAAUCUUAAGUUCAAAAUGAGCCCUGGUGCUCCGGAGACCUCUAGGAAUUCCCAACAGCAGCUGAGCCCAGAGAUCUCUUCCUGCUCCAGAGCACCCACAAGCAGCCGGGCUGACAGCCUGCACCUCUCCCCUCAAGAAGACAGGCUGCCUGCCCAAAGUUUCCCCCCCAAAAGCUAUCUUGCACGAGCAAGUCGAGAGUCAGUGAGCAAGCAAGCGAUAGGGGAGGUGGUAGGCAAGGGUGGGCCAGAGGGUACUAAGCUUGCCCUACAUAAGCAGGGCACUGUCUCUAGCCAGGGGGAGAAGGGGCAGCUGGAGAUCACGCCCCAAGGCAGCAAGCUUGAGGAGACCAGCCUGGUCCCCCGAGCCAGCUACCCCAUGGCUCUGCAGAGCCCCAGCUGCCAGCCACGAGGCCACAGCCCCAGCUGCCAGCCACGAGGCCACAGCCCCAGCUGCCAGCCCCGUGGACACAGCCCCAGCAAUCAGUCCCGAGGUCAGAGUCCCAGCUGCCAACCUCGAGGUCAGAGCCCAUUGAGGCCUCAGGUCACCAGCCGGCAGGUGAGCACGAUGCCCUCCAGGAAGCUUGAAACAACCCUGGAUGGAGCCCACUCGGCCUCGGAAGGCCCCACAAAGCCCAAAUCAUCCCGAGGGCCUUUCCGACUUCGCAAUUUGUUCUCUGCCACUUUCCCCACCCGCCAGAAGAAGGAGACCGAUGAGCGGCAGGCACAGCUACAGAAGGUAAAGCAGUAUGAACUGGAGUUCCUGGAGGAACUUCUAAAGCCUCCAAGCCAGGGGGAACUGCCAAGCACCGAGUACCUGCAACCCCCAGCACCUGGCCGCUGUGGCUGCCAGCUCCGCAGCAGCCCCGUGCAACAGGGGCCUGGCAUGUCCCGCGAGCAGAGGCGCAGCUGUGAUUGCAAGCGUAUCUGCCGGGGGGGCCGCCCUCAGGCCCCCCAGACGCCAGUGCCCAGUCUCCGGGGGCGGGAGAAGGACAGGGUUCCCCCUACCCAGAGGCAGCCAGAGGCCGGCCCAGCCUUGAGCCUCAGCAGCCCCAUCAAUGUCAGGCGCAUCCGCUCCACCAGCCUGGAAUCCCGAGAGUGUCGAUCGGACCCUGAGAGUGGUAUAUCAUGCCUGACCACGUGUGCCUCGGGGGGCGAGUGUCUGGGAGCUCCCAACUACAGGAAACUGAUGCGCCGCUACAGUAUCGGUGAGCUGGACCAGGGUGACAGGGCCUCGCUGACCUCGGAUGUCUACCCACACCCACCCCUGGGCAUGCUGCCCCGGGAGGCCAAGGAGGUAGAGGCGGGCCUCCCCCUAGGCUUGGGUACCAAAAGCAAGUCUCCGGAGUCACCCACCCUAGGAGAUCCCUCCUAUGUCCAGGUUGCCCCUGAGACCAAAGGCCCCAGACCAAUGGCUGUGUUCUCACUGCCGGAAGAGGUGUACCGGAAGCCCGCCGAGCUGGACGACGAGAGCGAGAGCAGCAAGUGCUGCUCCAUCCGCUAUUGCUUCUACUACCGCAAGUGCGACAUGGCUGACGAUGCCAGCGACGGCAAGGACGAGCUCUCCUACUCCAUCCCCAUGAAGAUUCUGCCUGGCAUGAAGCUGGAUGAGCAGGUAGUGCCUGUGGUGAGCAGGACCCUGCAGGUACUGGACGCCGCCACCUGCAGCAGCAGCAGCCCCGAGGCGGCCCGCACCCAGGAGAUUGACCUGCGGGCGUCCACCUUUGAGGGGAGCCUGGCAAAGAUCAAUGCCCUGCGGGCCCACGCCUAUGGCCUGCCCGAUGGCUUCCUGGCCGCCCGACUGGAUACCAACGAGCUGCUGACAGUCCUGCGGCAGUGUGUGGCUAGCCCCGAGGCCCGUGCCCCCAAGCCCUAUGUCUCCCAGAUCUCUGAGUACAAGCUUGAACUGGCUCUCAAGUUCAAGGAGCUCCGGGCCUCUUGCCGCCGCGUGGCCAACGUGGACAAGAGCCCGACUCACAUGCUGGCAGCCAUCACAGGCAGCUUCCAGGUGCUGAGCAGCCUCAUUGAGACCUUCGUGCGGCUGGUGUUCAUCGUGCGCUCCGAGGCCCAGCGCCAAGAGCUGCUGGCCAAGGUAGAAGAGGUGGUGAGGAACUACACCUUCCUGCUGCGCGCAGCCGAGGAGUCUACUGCCCGGAACCUUAACCAGCAGCAGCAGCAGCAGCAGCAGCAGCAGCAGCAGCAGCAGCAGCAGCAGCAGGCAGCAGCUGCUAUAGGGGCAGCCCCUGGGCACCCACCAGGCUCCCCAACUUCGGCGACUGUUAUGAGCACAUUCACCCGCUCCUUAAAAACCCUUAUUAAGUAGGGCAUCUGCCCAGGCCUGCCCCCUUCCCCAACACGGCCCCAGGUUUGAGCUUUGUGGUCCUUGCAUCUUGUAGUGAGUGUAUGUGUCUUCUCGGCCAGUCAGGGUCCGAGAGCCUUCAGUGUCCAGGGAGUGCAGCUCCCUGGGCUGAGGCUGUCCCUGAGGGCUCCAGGCCGCCACCGCCCUGGGUAUCCUUGCCCCUUCCCUGGCCUCUGGGCGUCACUGUGAGGGCAAAAGCCCCUUGUCACUACGCCCGCCCCCGAGCUUUAUUUUAUCCCUUCUUUGGGACUGAGAGGUGACAUCAAGCUCACUUCCUGUUCCUUGUGCGGGGAUUGGGGAGCUGGGCCUGAAGCAAGCAGGGCCAUGGGUCUUGAGCUCCUCCUGGCAUCUGCUCCCCUCCAGGGACCAGUGGCAACAGCAGCAGGCCACAGCACCGAGCAGAGGGGAGAGGGCACUCAGCCCAGCUGUGCCCACCCACCCUGGGCUCACCCUCGCCUGUCAGUAGCCACCCCAGAGGGUCUGUGCCCACGUGGUAGGUUUGCAGAAAACGGCCACGCGGGGCUGUCUGUGGCCGGCCCAAUAGGCUGGCAGCCUCGGGGCCCUCACCCCCCAGGCCCGGUAGCUCCACACCAGCCAUCCCCAAAGUGCUCUGCCUGUCGCUUGACGGGCAGGGCGGCUCAGUCCACUAGGGAGCAAGUAUCUGGGAUCAUCCCACUUGUCCUGGGUAAGGUACCUGGUGAAAAUUUCUGCCCUGGGGAGACUCAGUGCAGACCUCAGAGCCCGCCCGGCCCAGCCUGGCCCAGCGCAGGGCUGUCCCUGCAGGCGUGCGGCUCGUCUCUCAACAUCUCUCUACCAGACAGACUGUCCUUAGGAGUUCGACGUAGCUUUGGA